UGUUUCACCCUUUUUCACGGAAAUCUGCACAAAUGAAAAAGAAACCAGAAAAGGAGAUGGCGAAACUGCCUUCCCGGUAGAAUCACUUCUGCAUGGGAGAGGAGAAAAAGUGGGGAAAAGUCCAGCCCACACUCAUCUCCUUGUAAUAACCAGUCAACCGCCCUCAUCUUCUUCCUCCUCUCCCCAUGGCCACGACCUUUCUGGAAUUUGGGUAAUGCAGGAUCAUUUCUUGAAAUUUGCAUCUUUUGUAAGGGGGAGAGGGAGACAUGUUUUGCAUUGGACACGUGGCAGAAACCCAUGUGAGAAGAUGGGCCAGAAAAUCACAGUUCCGGCCAGCAUCAUCAUACGGAAGAUUAAUGAUGAGGAAAUAGGAGAGCAAAGAUCGGGGGAGGUUGAUUUUUGAUUGAUUAACGGUGUAACUAGAGGAAAGAGAGGGCGUGGGUGGGGGCUGUUGGCACUUGGCAGGCCAUGGCGUCAUCCUCAGGGGAGGCCCAGGAGGAGGAGAGAAAGAAGAAUGGGAAGCUAAGGAAGAUUCCUCCGAUUCCCAUCCGGCGGGUAAAAAAUAACAACCAUGCUGGCAAGCUCCUCGGGGACGAAGGUGAUCGCAACGAUAAUGGCGGCGACGGGAAUGGAGGAGAGGACCUCGAGGCUUGGAGGGAUAACGAUGGGUCGCAUCCUAUCAUUGCGCCAUCCUUGCACCUCAAUCGCAUCAAAACCAGGGAGAACGGAGGUUCGGCCCCUGCAGCUGACGGAGAUAGGGAGCUGAAGAACCUGGCCGGCCGCUCCUUAACUCCCGGCAAUUCGUCGACAGGGUUGGGGAAGAAAAGUCCAUGGUGUGUCUCCAAAUCCUUUAAGGUCCCACAUGUUCAAUCUUUGGAAAUGGAGGGAGUUGAAGGCACUGGUUUUGAAGCCAUACUAAGGGUUACAAGUGGUCAAAAGAAGAAAUUCCCUCCUGGUAUCAAGAGCUUCUCACAUGAACUAAAUUCCAAAGAAGUCCGGCCUCUGCCCUUCUGGAAGCCUCGCAGGUUAAGCAACCACGAGGAUAUCUUACUAGUCAUUCGUUCAAAAUUUGAUCGGCUGAAGGAAGAAGUGGAUUCUGAACUUGGCCUUUUUGCUGGGGAUUUAGUCAGUGUGCUUGAAAAUAAUGUAGAAUCUCAUCCAGACUGGAAGGAAACCUUGGAAGAUUUAUUGCUUAUUGCUCGACAGUGUGCCACUAUGUCAUGCGAUGAGUUCUGGCUGCAGUCUGAAGCCAUUGUACAAAAGUUAGAUGAUAGACGACAAGAACUUCCUAUUGGCAUUCUGAAACAGCUUCAUGCACGUAUACUUUUUAUACUCACCCGAUGUACACGUCUUUUGCAAUUUCACAAAGAGACUGGCUUGGCUGGAGAUGAUCAUAAUGCUGGUCAUCAACAAUUUAGUGAUCUGGGAGUUUAUCAAGGGAAAGGAGAAUCAGGAGAAGCUGGCCUGGAAUAUGGGAAGUUGACAUGGAAGCAUGUGAAGGUCACUAAAGAAAUGAGUAAUGUGGAGCUACAACAUUUGAACCUGAAGCAGGAUAAUGCUGACAACAGAUGCAGUUCUUCCCAGCCUUUAGCUGUUGAUACUGCUAAAAGUGUUGAUUCAUCUUCUGGUAGGGAUCGCAUAUCCUCAUGGAAGAAGCUUCCAUCUGCAAAGGAGAAGAAUCAGACGAAAAGCCCCGGCCUAAAGGAUAGCCCUUCUGGAGAGCAAUCUGGGUCUUCAAAUACAUCAGAUAUUAGUAAUGCUGGUCCAGAAUUGGAAACUGGAAAACUGAAGCCUGAGCAGCAGGGUCAUAGAUUUCAUCAACGUAACUGCAGACAUAAGCAAAGCCUUGAUAUUGAUAAUGUAAUAAUCUGUCGCAUUUGUGAGGAUGAAAUUCCAACUAUACGUGUAGAAGAUCAUUCUAAGAUAUGUGCACUAGCUGAUAGGUGUGAUUUGAAAGGUCUUGGUAUAAAUGAGCGCCUUGAAAGAAUUUGUUAUACACUUGAGAGAAUUUUGGACUCAUCCUCUCCAAAGAGCUCCUGUACUGCUGGACCAGAGAGUCCAGAUUUUGCUAAAGUGCCUCAUCUGAUUGAAGAUUCUGAUUUUUUGUCCCCUUUUCCUGGUAAUAUUUUUCGUGCUUGUUCUGUAGACAUGAUUAAUGGCCCUCAAGAGGCUGAUCAGCAUGCUACCAUUGAUGGGAUGAAGGGGUUGCCAGGGGUAUCAAAUGUGCAACUUGUAAGUCCAGUAGUUGACAGUGUUGCAAAAGCUACAUCAACAGGAAGUGUGACCCCACAGUCUUCACUAUUAGUGGCAUGGGAUACUCCACCUGGUCUUCUACCAUUUGGGAGUAAAGCUUUGGAACAUGAGAACUAUCAUCAGAUUCAUGAUCUGCUUGAUAUUACUCAGCGAAUUGGUAGCAUAAAUGGUAGUGGUGAUCAAUCACUGGAGCAUUUGCUUUCUUGUCUCGAAGACCUUCAAGAUUUAAUUCAGGAAAGGGAGGUGGAUGCCUUAGUUGUUGAAACAUUUGGAAGACGUGUAGAGAAACUCUUGCGGGAAAAGUAUUUGCAUCUUUGCCAGCUAGUAGAAGAUGACAGAACUGAUCUAUUAAAUAAUAUAGUUGACGAUUAUUGCUCCUUGGAGGAAGAUACUAUUUGCAGCUUGCGCACAAGUCCAAUUAAUUCAAACUGUAAGGAUCGAACAUCAAUAGAUGAUUUUGAAAUUUUGAAACCAAUUAGUCGAGGUGCAUUUGGGCGGGUCUUUCUUGCUAGGAAAAGGGCAACAGGCGAUCUGUUUGCAAUAAAGGUUCUCAAAAAGGCUGAUACAAUAAGAAAAAAUGCAGUGGAUAGCAUUUUAGCUGAACGCAAUAUCCUAAUUUCAGUUCAAAAUCCUUUUGUGGUUCGGUUUUUCUAUUCCUUCACAUGCAGGGAGAAUCUUUAUCUGGUUAUGGAGUAUUUGAAUGGUGGUGAUCUUUAUUCGUUAUUGAGAAAUUUAGGUUGUCUUAGUGAAGAUGUAGCUCGUGUUUAUAUAGCCGAAGUGGUUCUGGCUUUGGAAUAUUUGCAUUCAAUGAAUGUUAUUCAUCGUGAUUUAAAGCCAGACAAUUUGUUGAUUGCUCAUGAUGGCCAUAUCAAGUUGACAGAUUUCGGCUUAUCAAAGGUUGGGCUCAUUAAUAGUACUGAUGAUUUAUCUGGUCCAACUGCCUAUGGUACCAAACUACUUAGGAAAGACGAGUCCUCUUUGUCUUCAUCAGAGCAGUCAUUUAAACGUGAAGAGUGCCAAAGGCACACAGCUGUUGGUACUCCUGAUUAUUUGGCACCGGAAAUACUUCUAGGAACAGGGCAUGGCACAACAGCAGAUUGGUGGUCUGUCGGGGUUAUUCUCUUUGAAAUGAUUGUUGGCAUUCCACCUUUUAAUGCAGAACGACCAGAAAUGAUUUUCUAUAACAUAUUGAACCGGCAGAUACCUUGGCCACAAAUUCCUGAAGAGAUGAGCUACGAGGCUUAUGAUUUGAUCAACAAGUUGUUGAUUGAAAAUCCAGUUCAAAGACUUGGAGCCACAGGAGCAGGAGAGGUGAAAAAUCAUGUUUUCUUUAGAGAUAUCAACUGGGAGACCUUAGCCAGGCAGAAGGCAGCUUUUGUUCCAGCAGCUGAAGAUGCAUGCGACACAAGCUACUUUGCUUGUCGUUAUAACUGGAAUCAGUUAAGUUAUAUUUGUUGUGAAGCAGCAGCUGAGCAUGAUGAUGCUUCUGAUACCUGCAGCAUGAGUUGCGGCAGCAGCACGCCAAGCAACCUCCUGGAUGAAGAAGGAGAUGAAUGUGGUGCUCUAGCUGAUUUUGGUCCUUCCCUCUCUAUGAAUUAUUCUUUCAGCAAUUUUUCGUUUAAGAACCUGUCUCAGCUGGCAUCCAUCAACUAUGACGUGUUGGUCAGAAGUACCAAAGAUUCACCCAAGGCUUCUAAUACCUUGGUACCUUAAUAUUAUACAGUGAGGCCUUUAAAAUGGUGCGCCGCACAGAUUCCAAUUUGACGAUAUAUCAGAACCUCCGAAUAGCUGCAUGACAAUGGAUGAUGAGUUUUGUCAAUGAAUUAAGAACUUACAAACUUUAUCAAAUUCAGACACCAUGUGAAGCAGCCUUCAUAAGGACUAACUUCAGCAUUUCCCCACUUUUAAUAUCGGCACAUCCAUAUUCAAACUCGAAAUGAGCAUGUGGGCUGCCUGAUCUUAGAACCAGCUCGAGCAAUGCCGCUCUUAUCCAUUGUCAAGGUUUUUUGUAUAUGUUGUACAUUAUAUUUAUAGGAUUUAAUCAUAUCCAAUGGAAGUUAUUCAUAGUUGUCCUGUAAAUUGUAAAUUGCAUCUCAUAGAGGAAGGAAUUUUGUUAGCCACUGAUUUUUGUAUGUUCACAACACCAUGUUCAUAUGUUAUUCUCAGUAUGAUA